GCGCUGCACAUACCUAAAGCCUGAGUAAACAAAUCCCCUCAUUUAGCAUUUCAGUUUAAACUAUGACGGUUUCAUUUUGGCGGUUUGAUUUCGACGGUUUGAUUUUGAAUUUGACUGACAGCUCGCCACUUCAUCGCUAUACUGAGGCGAUUCCGCCCGCCACUAGUGCUGAAAACUACUGUAUUUUCAUGACAAAAGUUAAAAAAGGCAGAUGUAUAAUAAAUGUUUAAGCUUCUGCGACUGGACCACAAAAGCAGUCAUAAGGGUCAAGUUUUUUUUUUUUUUUUUUAAUGGAGAUUUAUCAUCAUAAAGUUCUUAGCAUUGCAUAUUUCUAAUCAAAAAUUAAGUUUUGAUAUAUUUACAGUAGGAAAUUUACAAAAUAUCUUAAUGGAACAUGAUCUUUACUUAAUAUAAUGAUUUUUGGCAUAAAAGAAAAAGAAAAAACGAUAGUUUUGACCCAUACAAAGUAUUUUUGGCUAUUGCUACAAAUAUACCUGUGAUACUUAAGGCUGGUUUUGUGCUCCAGGGUCACAUACUUGUAGAUUUUAAUUCCAAUCCAUAUCUUUAAAGAGUUUUUUUUUUCUCCUACAAACACCAAGGUUUGUUCAUAUUGUUCACAUUGAUUUAUACAACAUUUUACUCCUGUAAGCAUGCUGAAAAUGUGUUUGUUUUCUGUCUGUUGACAGUAUUUUCUGAUUAAUGGAGUGAUGUAAAAAGAAAUCCAAAAUUCCAUUUGGAAAAAAUUUUCAAACUCUAAUAUGACAACAAAAGCAAAUUAGAAUUAUGAACCUUUUAGUUCUGUAAUUGCAUGUAAAUUAAUGCAUAUUUAAUUACAUAAUGCAUUUGUGACCCUGGACCACAAAACCAGUCUUAAGGCUAAAUUUAAUGUAAAUUAAGCUGAAUAAAUAAGCUUUCCAUUAAUGUAUGGUUUGGAUAGCACAAUAUAUGGUCAAGAUACAACUAUUUGAAAAUGUGCAAAAAAAAAAUUAAAUACUGAGAAAAUCACCUUUAAAGUUGUGCAAAUGAAGUUCUUAGCAAUGCAUAUUACUAAUCAAUAAUUAAGUUUUGGCAUAUUUAUGGUAGAAAAUUUACAAAAUAUCUUCAUGGAACAUGAUCUUAACUUAAUAUCCUAAUGAUUUUUGGCAUAAAAGAAAAAUCCAUCAUUUUGAACCAUACAAUAUAUUUUUUGCCUAUUGCUACAAAUACACCCGUGCUACUUAAGACUGGUUUUGUGGUCCAGGUACAUUGUGGUACAUCUUAAUGUACUGUGAUUAAUCAACUGGGGAAACUAUGGUGCGAUCUGCUAGUUGAAAUGUUUACUAAUGUCUGUUCAUCUGCAGUGUUUCAUGAAUCGGGCCCCCGAUUAUUUAGCACAGUAUGUUUCAGCACACAUGACUGUCUUGCAUGGACAACGCCGUAGCAGCUCUGAACACUGCGGUUCUGUUGCCAGGUCCUGCUGAAGAACGUCACCACGGUGUCUCUUCCCUCCGUCAUGGACCCUCUGGCCUUCGAGAGCGUGUUAAACUCGGCCUACACGGGUCAGCUCAGCAUCGUGCGCGACGACAUCAUCAACUACGUCACGGUGGCCAGCUUCCUCCAGAUGUGGCACAUCGUAGACAAGUGCACAGACAUCCUGAAGAGGUCGCGACCUUUGGUUCAGGUCAGCCCCGGCGGGGCCACGUCCUCCAGUCACCAGUCGCCCAGCAGCUCCGACUGUUGCUUCGCCGACCCGGAGGACGGGGAGCGAGCGGCGGGCGAACAAGCUCUGGAAAAACGACCGCAAAGCGCGCUUCCGCCUCUGGCCACAUGGAGGCGUCCGACUCAAAGCAGGUGGAGCAGAAGCAGCCUGACGUUCCCCGUCCGAACAGAGCCCGAAUGCGGGCCAAACACGGGAGACGAAGGUUUCCACGCGUUCCACGUGGCGCCUCUGCCGUCCAUCGAAACGGACUUCGCGAGGCACCGGAUCCGCGCUCGCCUCCGAGGAGCGAAGGAAGACGAGGAGCAGAGGAGAAUGGAGGCGGACGAAGGAGUCGGAGAGCCGCUGGAUGAGGACAAAGUGAGGGUGAAGUGUGAGGAGCACCAGGCCGGAGGCGUCGAGUCGGACGGACGUCUCAGAGAGAGCGAGAGCGGCGAGACGGAGCAGGACGCCGACGGACUGUGGAACCAAUGGACUUUGUCCGACGCCAAGCUGCCCGACGAAGACGAGGACGACGAAGCGGACGUCCCGUUCGAGACCUACGACGAGAUCGAGAAGGCCACGGGGCAGAUCUCCCAGCGUCCCUUGCCUCCGCCGUCCGACCAGUUGACGCCGGGACCGUCCGAGCUCUCCUGGGUCUCGCAGUCGUCCUCGUCCUCCCCGUGCUCUCCUCUCUCGGCGACGCCCAAAGUCCACUUCUGUCACUGCGGCAAAGCGUACACGCUGAAGAGCAUGCGCGACCGCCACGUCAAAAUGCAACACCUGAACCUGCGUCCGUUCGCCUGCCCCGUCUGCUCCAAGAGCUUCAAGAUGAAGCACCACCUGACCAAACACGUCAAGACGCACGGAGGCCUGCGUCCGUACGAAUGCACGCUCUGCGGCAAGAAGAUCGUCUGGAGAGACAGUUUCCUCAAGCAUCAGGCUCGCUGCCAGCGAACAACAGCGACGUCCGGCUGUCAAAAUGAAGACGCGGAUGCACCUGGACAAGUGAAGGUGGAACAGGAUGAUUAUUCAUUGCAAGAAGAGGCAAUACACUCUUAAAAGUAAAAGUUCCAAAAGAGGUUUUUGCAUUGAAUGCCAAAAGACAUUCCUUUUCAAUUCCCUUUUCCACUAUGACGAACCAUUUGUGCAAUUGAGAGGUUCCAUGGAUGUCAAAGGUCCUUUAUGGAACCAUCAAUGCCAAUAAAAAGUUUGCACUCUCUUAAAAGUAAGGGUUCCAAAAGAGGGUUCCCAGAAGAACCUUUCAGUGAUCAGUUCUUUUAGCAUUAAAUGCCAUUAGUGAAGCAUCUUUUCUUAGUGUGAAGACAUUUUUGAUAAAGAAUCGUUUUCUUUAUAAGGAACCUUUAAUGGUUCCAUGGAUGUUAAAGGUUCUUCUUGGGACCACUGGUGCCAAUAAAACCUUUAUUUCUAAGAGUGUAAUAGACAUUUUUCCAAUAUAAAGAACCUGUAGUGGUUCAAUGGAUGAUUAAGUUCUUCAUGGAACAUUUAGGCCCAAUAAGAACCUUUAUUUUUAAGAGAGGAAAUUAUUGGAGUUCAGUGUUUACCUAAUACACUCCAAAAGAAGGUUUUUGCAUUGAAUGCCGUUGAAGAACCAUUAGAGAACCAUCUUUUCUUAGUGUGAAGAACAUUCUAAUAAAGAGCCUUUUCCAUUAUAAAGAACCUUUAAUGGUGCCAUGGAUGAUGAAGGUUCUUAAUGGAGCACCUGGCAUCAGUACAGAACCUUUAUUUUAAGACUUUAUGUUUGAAACAGUGGAGAUCAGUGUUAAUUUACCUACUAAUUCAUUGCAGGAGGAGGAAAUAUACUCUUUAAAUGUACAAGUUCCAAAAGAACGUCUUUGCACUGAAUUCCAUUCAAGAACCAUUAUUGGUUUCCCAAAGAAUGUUUCAGUGAAACCUUUUUGACAACAUUUUAAUGUCUUGUCCGGUGGAAAGAUUCCAUGGAUGUUAAAGGUUCUUCUUGGGAUCAAUGCCAAUAAAAACCUUUAUUUCUAAGAGUGUAAUAGACAAUUUUCCAAUAUAAAGAACCUGUAGUGGUUCAAUGGAUGAUUAAGUUCUUCAUGGAACAUUUGGGCCCAAUAAAGAACCUUUAUUUUUAAGAGAGAAAAUUAUUGGCUUUCAGUGUUUAUCUAAUAAUUGAUUACAGGACAAACUAAUACACUCUUUUCUUAGUGUGAAGAACAUUCUAAUAAAGAGCCUUUAAUGGUUCCAUGGAUGUUGAAGGUUCUCAAUGGAGCCAUUGGCGCCAAUACAGAACCUUUAUUUUAAGACUUUAUGUCUGUGGAAACAGUGGAGAUCAGUGUUUACCUACUAAUUCACUGCAGGAAGAGGAAAUACACUCUUUAAAUGUACAAGUUCCAAAAGAAUGUUUUUGCACUGAAUUCCAUUCAAGAACCAUUAUUGGUUUCAUUAUUGGUUGCCUUGUCCAAUGGAAAGAUUCCAUGGAUGUUAAAGGUUCUUCCUGGGACCAUCAAUGCCAAUAAAAACCUUUAUUUUUAAGAGUGUAAUAGACAUUUUUCCAAUAUAAAGAGCCUGUAGUGGUUCAAUGGAUGAUUAAGUUCUUCAUGGAACAUUCUGGCUCAAUAAACAACCUUUAUUUUUAAGAGGAAAUUAUUGGAGUUCAGUGUUUACCUAAUACACUCCAAAAGAAGGUUUUACAUUGAAUGCCAUUGAAGAACCAUUGGACAACCAUCUUUUCUUAGUGUGAAGAACAUUCUAAUAAAGAGCUUUUCCAUUAUAAAGAACUUUUAAUGGUUUCAUGGAUGUUGAAGGUUCUCAAUGGAGCCAAUGGCGCCAAUACAGAACCUUUAUUUUAAGACUUUGUUUGUGGAAACAGUGGAGAUCAGUGUUUGUUCAUCUACUAAUUCAUUGUGGGAAGAGGAAAUGCACUCUUUAAAUUCAAGUACAAGUUCCAAAAGAAUGUUUUUGCACUGAAUUCCAUUCAAGAACCAUUAUUGGUUUCCCAAAGAAUGUUUCAGUGAACCAUAUUUUGACAACAUUUUAAUGUCUUGUCCGAUGGGACAAUCAAUGCCAAUAAAACCUUUAUUUCUAAGAGUGUAAUAGACCUUUUUCCAAUACAUGGAACCUGUAGUGGGUUCAAUGGAUGAUUAAGUUUGGACAUUUGGGCCCAAUAAGAACCUUUAUUUUUAAGAGUUUGUUGUGAACAGAGAGGAAAUGAUUGGAGUUCAGUGUUUAUCUAGUAAUUGAUUACAGGACGAGCAAAUACACACUUCCAAAAUGAGAGGGUUUUUGCAUUGAAUUCCAUUGAAGAACCAUUUUUGGUUCAGCAAAGAACCUUUCAGGGAACUGGAGUGAAGAACACUUGAAUCAUCUAAAUACCUUUUCCAUUAUUAAAACCUUUAGUGGUUCCACACACUUACAUAUUAAGGGUUUUAAAACAGGACUCUUCCAGUGAUGCCAAGAAUCAUCAUCUCAAAGAACCUUCCAAUGGUCCGUUUGUAAAAUAACCAUUUAUUUGAAGAACCUUAGUGCUUCAGUGUAUCUUGAAGUUCUUCAUGGAACCAUCAAUGGCAGAACGUUUAUUUUUAAGAGUGUAGACGGACGUUGCUGUGAACGGAGAUCAGUGUUUGUUAAUGUUCCACAUAUGUAGCAGAUCUGAA